GAAGAAAAAAAAGGCGUAAGUGAAUGCAGGCAGACGAAUGAAUAGGCAGAUGAGUGAAAGCGUUGGCAGAUGAAAGAAGGCAGAUGAGAGAAGCAGUAGACAGAUGAAUGAAUGCAGGCAGAAGGAUGAAUGAAAGCAGGCAGGCAGGUGAAGACAUGCAGGCAGGCAGGCGAUCGGGGGGACAGGCGGGGAAGCAGGCAGAGGCGGGCAGGCGGCGAGGUAAGGCAACAGAUGGCGCGCUGCUCCUCACUCCGCUACCACCACCACCACCGCUGCCGCCGCCGCAGCCUCGCCUGGCAGUCGACAAACGUGUCAGUUGUUGUGUGGCGGCCGUGCUGUGUUAGGUGCUGUAUGCCUCCACCUUCUCCCUCCGUCAACCGCUCCACACGCCACGCAGGAUGGGUGACUCCUUCAAGGCGCGGGAUAUCAGCCUGAAGGCGCAGAAGAAGCUCCUCAGCAAGAUGUCCAACAAGACUAUAGCCAAGAACUUUAUCGACGGUAACCUCGCCUCCGUGCUGGACAACCUCUACUCGCUCUUCAAGGGAUAUACAGGGAACAAGAAGGAGGCGGAGAAAGUGGUCAAAAACAUCAUCAAGAUCGUGGUGAAAAUAAACAUUCUGUACCGAAAUGACGAGUUUUCUGCAGAGGAUUUGAAAGUGGCCAACCAGCUGCGUAACAAGUUCAACACGAUCGUGAAGACGGUGAUCAGUUUCUUCGAGGUGGCCUUCACCUUCGACAAAGUGUUCCUCACCAAGAACAUCAACGACUGCCGGGACCUCCUGAAGCAGCUGGUCGGCAACCAUCUCACGGACAAGAGUCUGGGCAGGAUAGACCACGUGCUGGACGCCUUCACCGACCCCGCCUUCAUGGAGGAGAUGUUCAGGCCGGAGUCCCCGCACCGGCCCAUCCUGCAGAAGAUUAUCGAUGACAUGAGUAAAGCGUUUGAUGAAGGAGGCAUCUGAGGUCACUUUCCUUUCAUGCUUUCGUUUUCUUUCAUAGGUGUCUUCCAUGUUUUCUACUUUUUCACUCUUCUAAGCUCUCAUUUCGUGUUUUUGUGCUUUUUUUUUGUACUUUUUUAUCACUUGUUUGUACUUUUCCGGGGGCGUCUGAUGACACGGCGUCUGUCCCUGCGUACAAAGCAGUUACUUACGACGCUCUAACACCUACACACGCACACACGCACAUUGGUUCCUCAUGUGGUGUUUUUUUUUAUCAGUUCUUUGUGUGUGUAGUACUCUCCUCCAAACGCCGUAACCUUGUGGAGCCGCUAAAUAUGCAGUCAUCUCGUAUGCUAACUGCUACACACGGACGAGCUCACUGGUUCCUCAUGUGCAGUUUUGUGUCAGUUUUACACGUGUCUUAUCUACUGAUAUUCACUACCUCCUGCGCCAUAGUCUAGUGGAGACUCUAAAAUGACAAUAAUUCUCCUCCUACUAAACAUGCACAUAUUAGCUACUUAAGUAUUCUUUCUGUCAGUUCUACGUGUGUUUUUUGUCCACUCGUAUUCUCCUUCACACGCGCCACGAUCUCAUAAUGCUUCAUAACGACACUAAAAUCCACGUAAUUCUCCUCCUCCUACACAUGCACACACUGGCUCUUCUAGUACCUUUCUCUGCCAGUUCUACCAGUGUCUUAUCUAUUCGUUUUCUCGGUCACACGCGCCAUAGCCUCAUUACGACGCUAAAAUCCCCAUCACUCCCCUGCUCACGUACCUAUUUCUCCUGAUCCCACACGUGUCUUACCAUCCACGCUCUCGUCAGUACCCAGUCGUGCCUCAACCUUUUAACUCGUGCUUGUGCUGUAGCCUGGGUGUGCACGUGUCGAGUCUCACACCCUACGAGUCUGUCAGCUGAGGCAGGUGGCGCCAGGCAGUAAGUGGACAUAGAUGGUGCAGGGCUUGUAUUCAGAAACGCUUUGCUCUCACCUCUCACACCGCGACUGUUUUCAAAGGCCACAGAGAUGAUUAGCUGGGUUAUCAAGCGUGUUUUAUGGCUUUUAAUAAUGUAGAAGUCAUUAAUCUGUCAGUAGAAUCGAAAAAAUAUCCUUAAAAACUUCGUGUACUUUAAAUUCGAGGCUUUUGAAACUGAUUGAGGUGCGGUACAAAUGUUUCGGAAUGCAGUCUUAGGAUUGCUUUUGUCACACCCAUAGCCCGUGUUUUGAGGCGCUUUACUCUUUCAUUUGGACUGUUUUCAAAGGCUACGAAGAUCAGUUUUUAUUUAUUUAUGAAUUUUAUUUCUAUUUAUUAUUUUACUGGUAGUUUUACGAAGUUCUCGUUAGUCAUUAGGGUUUUCAAAGCGUGUUUCUAUUGAUUGCUGAACAGGUGCUAGUGGAAAUUAAUAAUAGGAUUCUGAAGUUUUUAUGUGUAUUUAUUUAUUUUUUAUUCACUCGUUCAUUUAUUUUUGUAUACAUAUUUAUUACAGUUUAACUAGUUCACGCGAGUUAUUAUGGUUUUCAAAGCGUGUUUCUGUUGACAGGUGAACUGAUGAUUGGGGUUUUUAAGGGUUAUUUUCAGUGAGAGUUUAACAAGAUCGUGAGCUGUUUAACUUUUAUUGAUAGUUGAACAGCUGGUAGUGGAAUUAAAUUAGGUUUUCGACGGUUUUUCUUUAGUAAUAAUUUAACAAGCUCGUGAGGUAUUAAACUUUACAAGGGUGCUUCCAAUGAUCGUUCUACCUGUUCUGGUGACAAUUCCUGGAGUUUUCAAGGAUCUUUUCGUGAUUCUACAGAUAGUUUAACAAAAAUUCUACAUUGUCAUAAGGUAAAACACCCAUGACAGCGUGACCAAUCAUCUCUGGCCUUUGAAAGCAGUCCUGAUGAGUGAACAAAGAAUAAGAGCACUAUCAAAUGUAGGGCGCUGUAUGACCACGUUGUUGUGUCGCUUCGAGCCUUUACUCUCAAACGCUGUGCUCGAUUACGCCAGUGCUCCAAACAACACUUAGAAAAAUUACUUAUAUGAAGAAUGGUUAGGUUAUUCAUUAUCAUUUACUUGCCUUCAUUACUUUAAAAGACGAACAUUACUUAGGUGAAAAAUUGUUAUCCAUAGACACACUUAUUGGUCAUUUUUACUUACAAGACUAAUUUAUUUAUCUUCUUGUUACUUAUAAGACGAACAUUACUUGGAUGGAGAAUAAUUGUUGCGUGAUUCAUACAUACAUUAUUACUCACAAGACAUACUUAGUGAGGCAUUAUUACUUAAACAGAUGAAAUUUACUUGGAUGAAAAAUGUUCACGUGAUCCUUAGACACACUUAUUGCUCUUUAUUACUUAACAAGACGAGAAUUAUCUACUUGAGUGAGUAAUACUGCUCACUCGUCUUGUGAUUAAUGAUGAUGCUCAAAAUUAGUAAUUAGAUGUGUUAACGGGACAGCGUAUAACAACAACAGCAACAACAGUGACUACAGUAACAAUGAAAAUAUCAGCAACAAUCACAACAACAACAAUGACUACAGUAACAAUGAAAAUAUCACCAACAACAACAACAAUAACAACAACAAUGCUCAUUAUUAAUAUACUGAUGAAACCACUUGUUGAUAAUUAUAGUGUACGAUAAUUGACUUAUAUAAUGCGUAAUAUAAUCUGAAAUAUAUCAUCAUCAACAACAACAACAAUAAUUAUAUAUACACAUUGACGAAACCACUCGAUGAAAAGAUGAUGAUUAUGUGCGGUGGUUGACAUGUACGGUAUCAAAUUAUCUAAAAUAUAAAUAUCCACGAAACACUUCACGAACAAUACUAACGCUAAUCAUAACAAUAAGAAGUACAGCAUUACAUUGUUGAGAAUACUUUGUAAUGUACGAUAAUAGACGUGAUAGGUACGAGCACUAGCGUCUUAAUAAUAAUUAUAACAGUAAUAUACAAGUCUUAACACACACUAUUACCUAAAACACUUGUGGAAAAUAAUAUCAACAUACAGUAAUAAUGUUGUAUGAUAUGUAUGAUUAGUCAUAUUACUCAAAAUAAUAAUAAUAGUAAUCAGUUAACUAAGCUCGCAAUAACUACAACAACGAUGAUAUUAAGAUUUCAUUAUCAUCAUUAACCAGAAACACAUGUCAAAGAGAACAUAGCGUACGGUAAUAGUGUUUCAUGGUAUAACUGUCCGUAUUAACAAUCGUGCCAAAGAUUAAGACUUUCGUACUUAUCUCUCUCUCUCUCUCUCUCUCUCUCUCUCUCUCUCUCUCUCUCUCUCUCUCUCUCUCUCUCUCUCUCGACUUCAUUCCGACAAGCGAUGGUGCAGAAUGGGAGUGUGUCGCGCAAGUGAAGAGUGGAGGGAUUAUUAUGCAAGUGUGGCGUGUGUGGAGGAGCACUCGGGGGAUCAGGACGAGUGUGGGAGAGGCUGGAAGAGGAGAGAAUGAGUAGGAGGAGAGUGGGAAGAGGCAGGGAGAAGUUGAGGAGUGGGGGAGUGUACAGAGAGAGUUGAGGAGUGGACUAGGAGAGUAUGGAGCGGAAAAGCUAGGGAGAGGAGACAGGAAGAAUGUAGGUAGAGGAGAGAGUGGUGAGAUAAAAAGAGCGGGGGGAAAGGGGGAGAGGAGCACUGGGAGCGACAUGUAGGGGAGAAGGAAAUGUAGAGCAGAAGACAACGGCCCAUUCAGAAACGUUUUACUCUCUCACCACGACAAUUUUCAAAGGCCACAGAGAUGCUUAAGAGAUAGAAAUAUUGACAAUCUGGCUCUAGAACCAUGAAAAAAAACACCCUUAAAAACCCAUGUCACUUCAUCUAGAGCC